AUGCCAAUCAUUCUUCUCAAGACUGAACAUCUUCUUCUCAGACAAAUGGCCCUAGAUCACAUUGUCACGAUCCAGAUUCCGUUCGAGACCGAGAAACAGGCCUCAAUUGCCCGAAACUCCAUUGCCGCGGAUCCCGUAUUGAAGAAGAAUGAGAUUUCAGUGGAGUUUAUCGCCGAGGGAAAUGUACUCCAAUGCAAGUUUGCAGGAGUCAGCGACCGUGUGAUCCGUGUUGCGAUCAGUAAUUGCAUUGAUAACAUUAAAACCGUCAUUGAGACGAUAGAGGAGUUCGAUGGACAGAAGGAUACAUUGUUCAAGAAAGAUAGUUAG